AAAUACGCGAGGCGGGCCUACGAGCAGCGAAAUAUAAAGAGAAGUCUAUAGCGCGAGAUUCCCGCGGCCGGCGGAGUUAGCUAUAUGUAUCGCUCGGCGAAGACAGAGACAACAGACAUCGUCUGCUCUUGUCUAAAGCCCGACACCGGCUGAAGCACCGAACGCUCACGGACACGGAGUCGCUCGUUGUGUACGCUACCCCUCACGCGCUGUGCUGUGCUACCGGAGUGCUUUUCUGGCAUCACUGGUAUAGACUAUGUUUCAAAAUUACUAAUAAUGGAGUAUUAUAAUGAUUAAGGGCGGAAUUACGAUGAACUUUACGUAACGGGACAUGAAGUGGCGUGACGUGAAUUUGACGUUUGAGGUUAUAUUUGACAUUACGAUCACCGUAACGUGCCGUAAUAAUGAAUUCUGCUGUGAGGCAUUAUCAAUUUGUAAAUUUAAUUUUGGCCGGGUAUUUGUAUCUUCAAUUGCGGAAGAGGAAACUAAUAUGAACCAUUGGUGUGAGAGAUAUUUUUCGAAGAAGAAUUCAGUUUGGUGACGGGCAUAACCUAGUGGAAGAACUCCGUUUUUGUAAUCCACACUUUUUUUUUAUUUACACGAGGAUGAAUGUCGAAAGAAGUGCAAAAGAUUUGAAUACUUGUUGAGCUUGGUUGGUCCACUUUUAAAGAAACGAGAAAUAUAUACUGCUCUUUCACUCACUCAAAGGCUUGCUAUGACCAUGAAGUUCUUGGCAGCAGGAGACAGCCAGAAUUCUUUGAGUUUUUCUUAUAGAUGUGGCCAGAGCACUAUCUCUGAGAUAUUGGCCGCAACCGUUCGAACUUAUUUGUGUAUUAAAAAAUAUGUUUGUGAAGCCUGCUUUAAAUGAUGCAGAGUGGCUUGAGUUAUCUGCUGAAUUUUGGAAAGAAUGGCAGUUUCCUUAUUGCGUGGGAGCUAUCGAUGGGAAGCACGUUCAAAUACAAGCCCCACAAGCUUCUCAAAUUUAUUUUAAUUACAAGAAGACGUUUAACAUGGUUCUACUAGCAGUUUGUGAUGCACACUACAAUUUCAUUAUGCUGAAUGUAGGAGCAGAAGGCUCACAAAGUGAUGGCGGAAUUUUUCAAUCGUCUGAAAUGGGUCGGCGAUUAAGUGACGGAUCCCUUAACCUAACCAAAUUCACGUUAUUAGCUGCUCGUUGGAGAAUUUUUCGUCGCCCUAUUAUUGCCAAAGAAGACAAUGUGGAAAGCAUCAUUGAAUGUGCCGUUUGCCUCCACAAUUUCAUCCGCAAGACAGGUGAUACAAAACUCAACUUGCAGUAUUGCCCCCCUUCUUUUGUGGAGCAUGAAUUGCCAACUGGCGAACUAGUAGAGGAAGCAUGGCAUGACAUUGUUGCUGGAGAAAAUGGAGCUAUCAUUAAUCCACGGAUCCAUGGUCCACGGAUGGCACGGGGUGCAAGAAAUGCUGCUCUUAGUGUCAUACAACAGAGAAAUGUACUGAAGGAAUUCGUGGACGCACCUGGGGCUAUGCGCCAUCAAGAUAUUAUUGUAAGGAUCCGGCAAGGAAUUAUCCCCCCUCAGGAUGUACAUUUACUGUCAUGAUAGUUUUGAAAUCAAAUAAAUCGAGAUAUAAAA